AUGGAAAGUAUUACCCCUGAAGCCAAACUGGUCAUAUAUGCUGACAGAGUUCCAACUGGGGAACAUCAGAGAAGAUUCAAUAAACCAAGUGCGUCAGAAGUUGCAAUUCUCAUGGCUGGAGAGACUGACGGAACUAGAAACAUUGUUUUAAAUCUUAGAGAUAAUACCAUUCAGAGGAUAUGCGAAACGCAUCGUUCCUAUGAUGCCCUGCAGUAUCCAUUACUAUUCUGGAAAGGUGAAGAUAGAUAUCACUUCGAGCUGAAGCAAAUCAACCCGCAAACUGGGCAGCUUAUGACGAAAAAGAUUUCGUCGAUGGAUUUUUAUGCGUAUAGGAUUAUGUUUCGCUCUAAUGAAUUCAACAUUAUUUUGAGAGGAAAAGAAUUGUUUCAUCAAUAUUUAGUUGACAUGUACGCAAAGAUCGAAGUAGAAAGGCAUAGGUACAUUGAACUCAACCAACGCAAACUGAGGGUCGACGAAUAUGUUCAUCUGAGGGAUGCCCUUAGGAAUGACGGGAACGUUGAAGACAUCGGAAGACUUACGAUUUUGCCGUCAAGUUUCACAGGAGGUCCACGAUAUAUGCAUGAAAGGACUCAGGAUGCAAUGACUUAUGUGCGAAGCUAUGGAAGACCAGACCUUUUCAUCACUUUCACCUGCAAUCCCACUUGGAAUGAAAUAAAAGCAGAACUAUUUCCUGGCCAGAAACCUCAAGAUCGACACGACCUAUUGGCAAGAGUAUUCCAUGUGAAGCAAAAGAUGUUGAUGAAUCUAAUCUCCAAAGGUAACAUAUUUGGAUCAGUACGGUGCUUCAUGUACACCAUCGAAUGGCAGAAACGUGGGCUGCCUCAUGCCCAUAUUUUGGUUUGGCUGAGAGAAAAGAUUCAUGCUCAGCGCGUAGACGAAUUCAUCUCUGCUGAGUUUCCUAAUCCUCAAGAAGAUCCAGGUCUCUUCAACUGCAUAAGAACACAAAUGGUUCAUGGGCCUUGUGGAGUCAUCAAUCUAAAUUCACCGUGCAUAAAGAAUGGUAAAUGCAGCAAAAGGUAUCCAAGAACAUUAGUAAAAGAAACUCAAACUGGAGUUGACGGAUAUCCGUUGUAUCGUCGACGUAGUCCAGAAGAUGGAGGAUUCACUAUUCAACUCACCGUCAAAGGAAAGGAUGUCUUAAUUGAUAACAGAUGGAUUGUUCCUUACUGCCCACUACUUUCAAAAAUAUUUAAUGGCCACAUCAACGUUGAAUUUUGCAAUUCCAUCAAAUCCAUUAAAUAUGUAUGUAAAUAUGUAAACAAAGGAUCGGAUAUGGCAGUAUUCCAUGUCGAUUCCACUUCAAAUCAACAGAAUGAAGUGAGAGAAUACCAAGUUGGAAGAUACAUCAGUAGUAAUGAAGCUGCAUGGCGCAUUCUUAACUUUCCCAUACAUGAACGUCACCCCACCGUUAUCCACUUAAGUGUGCACCUUGAAAAUGGCCAGAGAGUGUACUUCACAACUGCAAAUGCUGCAGAAAGAGCACAGAUGGCUCAAGAGACCACAUUGACAUCUUUUUUCCGACUUUGUCAAGAAGAUGAUUUCGCAAGCACUCUUUUGUACAAUGAAGUUCCCAAGUAUUUUACGUGGAAUAAUAGCUCUAAAAAGUGGAGUCGUCGCAAGGUUGGCCAUGAAGUGCCAAACUACCCUGGAUUGAAAUGCAGCGAUGCACUUAUCAGAGUUUUCUCCAUUCAUCCAAACAAUUCUGAGUGUUUCCACCUUAGACUUCUCUUGCACGAAGCGCUUCAAGAAAGGACUGAAGAAUAUGUGGGUCUUUGUGCUGGAAUUUUCCUUACAACCAUGACAAUAAUUUUUGAAAUUUUAGGAUCUUCGAAAAAGAACUGA